UUCCGCUACUUAGCCGUCAGCUCUCCCUGUCCUUCGCUGCAUCGAUGCUAUCUCAAACGUCAAAGCCCUAAACCUAGCGUUGUCACCGUGGCUAAGAGAAGAAAUGGCCUCACUCCUGAGAUUGGCGGGGCACCGCCUCAUUUCGCGGAGCCCGUCAUCAAUUUCCCAACUUCGGUGCUAUUCCCUGCCGGCGAAGAUUUACGAUUCCGGGGCAGAGGAGCUUGAGAUGAUCGACCAGAGAAAGCUCCCAGCCGAUUACAAUCCCUCCAAUUUUGAUCCCACAGAGCACCGCACCCCGCCGUCCGAUCGCGUAUGGCGCCUUGUUGACGAGGUUUCUUCCCUCACACUCGCAGAGGUCGCUGAGCUCUCUUCCAUCCUCAUGCGGAAGGCGGCCUUGAGUGAGCCUCCCGUCAUCGGUGUCAUGAAGCCCGGCGCUACUUUACCUGGUGCUGUCUCUGCUGGUUUGGGGGCUGAGGCUGCCGUGAAGGAAGAAGAGAAGCCAGAGAAGACGGUAUUUGAGCUAAAGCUGGAAUCUUUUGAGGCGGCAUCCAAGAUCAAGGUUAUCAAGGAGGUGAGGGCGUUUACGGACUUAGGUUUGAAGGAGGCCAAGGAAUUAGUGGAGAAGAGUCCAUCAGUGAUAAAGAGUGGAGUGUCCAAGGAAGAGGCGGAACAGAUUAUUGAGAAAAUGAAAGCUGCGGGAGCUAAGGUCAUCAUGUUGUGACGAGGUGGGAUCAGGAGAGUUCAAAGUAAGAUUUGAAGUAAGAACACCAAAUUAGUUAUAGUUAAAUUCUUGCUACCUUCGACAAGUUUGUUUGUGAAGCUUCAGUCAUCCAGCAUCCUGGUUUUUUUUCUCACUUCAGGGAAGAAAAUCUUCAUCGUUUGAGAAGGAGCAGUUCAUUGAGGGGGCACUCUUUAAUUUUAAGAACUGAUAGAUUUUUUUAAUAAAAAUAACAUUGGGGAUGGCUCACAGGCAUUUGGUUUUAUGUGGGUUGAUGAGCUUUCAACAUUUUCUAUUUGGGUAAGAAACAUCUGUGUUGGAGGAAAUCAGAUGAUUGAAAAUCCCAUAGGGCUUGUAUAUGUUCUUUUGCUUACAAUUUCCAAAGAAUUUUCCUUUUACCUAUUUUUUAGAAGGUUGUUAUUCU